AUGGCAAAUGGAAACUGGUCAUCCGCCAAGCUCAAUGGUUCCACUGUCACGGAGUUAUCGCUCUUCUCCAGUGUUCUUUCCAGCGAUGGCAUAACCAUCUGGCACCUGAUUGCGUACCGGCGUGCAACUUGGAUACCGGCAGCUAAUCGAGGUGUAUGGAAUUCCUAUACGGGCGAUAUAGACGAUGACUCCAUUAUAGCUGCGCUACGAGCUGACCCGCCGACUGACCUUCCACCGGAAUGGUUCUUGGAUCGCACUUUAAAGGUUGAGCAGGGCGAUACGCUUGCCCAAGAGUCAUUGGCUAUCUCGCUUAACGAGGGCGUUGAUACGUCGAAGCGUGUCAUUAUCCGUGCCGAGGGCCUGAUUAUCUAUGCUGGGAGUGUCUUUGGUUUCCCCGGAAAGGAGGUCACAAUACUGGCCCGUCGCAUCAUCAUAGUACCGUCGCAGCCUGGCUGGCUUGCGUCAAGCGAUCCUAAGAUUGCUUCAGUCGUGAUCAAUACGGUCACGCCACCGGGUUCAAUCCCAACUAAACCGGAAAAAGCUGGUAACGGUAAAGAUGCCUACUGGGUCCAUAACCAAGUUGGUGCUGAUGCCCAGGACGGGAAACCAGGUGUCAAUGGCACUGCGGGACCCAUGGGUGUCGAUGGUGGUUCAGUACUGCUGUGUGCACAGGUACAGUCGCUGGGUUUUAGCGGCUCUACAGGCCCUACUUUGUCUCUCCUGUGCGAUGCCCGACAGGGCUGCAAUGGCGGUGGAGGAGGUGAUGACGGUAAUGGUGGCAAUGGCUAUUCUAGUGACGACAAGUUUUAUGACUAUCAUGGAGAUGUCUCCAUGUGCAACGGCGGCAACGGGGGCGUUGCAGGAAACGGCGGCAAUGCCGGAUUUGGCGGCAAGCUCACUCUCCCAUCCAGCCUUAUCGCAUUCGGCUUGGUGGACACAUCGCAUAGCGUAUCAAAGGGCGCCGACGGCAAAUGGGGAAGUCCUGGUACCCAGGGAGCAGGCGGAAGCGCCGGGUACGUGUAUGUUUCCGAGGUUGAAUCCUCAAUCCGCAAGGUCGGGGGUACCGCCGGAAAAGAUGGCAAAGACAAGACCGACUUCAUACGCCCAAUUAUUCCCAUUCCCAUCGUCAAUAAUAAUGUGUCCAAACCAGAGUUUCAGACUCAGUACAAAGCGGUUCAGGAAGGCCUUAACGGAGCUGGUACUGCCACCGCAAUAGGAGCGGAAAACAUCGAUUCCUCACAGUUGCUGUUGCAGGCGGUUUUGGUGCAAAAGCAACAGUUCGAAGCCAUGGUCAGCACAUACUACCCAUCUGGGGCCCCUACAGACGUUCAAAUUGCCUGGGAUAACUUACUGGAAAUUGCUGAAAAGUUAUAA